GCACUCGGCUAGUGCUGGGCAACGAAGAGAAGCUCCUGCGGAGGAGGACCAGGGAACCUGCGAAGAAAGGGACUAUGGCUGCUAACAUGGGGUCCAUGCGUAUCCUCAUCAAGGGAGGGAAGGUGGUCAAUGAUGACUUCACCCAGGAAGCAGAUGUCUAUAUUGAGAAUGGCAUCAUACAGCAGGUUGGAAAGGAACUGAUGAUACCAGGUGGGGCUAAGGUGAUUGACGCCUCUGGAAAGCUGGUGUUACCGGGCGGAAUAGACACCAGUGUGCAUCUGCAGCAGACAUUUAUGAAUGCCGCCAUCCAGGAUGACUUCUACAGUGGGACCAAGGCGGCUCUGAUGGGUGGUACCACCAUGGUGAUAGGUCUAGCCCUGCCUGAACAACACUGCUCCCUGCUGGACGCCUACGAACAGUGUCGAGCUCUGGCUGAUGCCAAGGCCUGCUGCGACUACGCUCUGCAUGUUGGUGUGACCUGGUGGGGCCCAAAGGUGCGCAAUGAGAUGGAGACCCUGGUGAGGGAGCAUGGGGUGAACUCCUUCCAGAUGUUCAUGGCCUAUAAAGACAUGAUGAUGCUGCGGGAUUCAGAGCUCUACCAGACGCUGCAGACCUGUAAGGACAUCGGGGCCAUUGCACGUGUGCACGCCGAGAACGGAGAGCUGGUGGCAGAGGGUGCCAGAGAGGCUCUGGAUUUGGGCAUCAGUGGACCAGAGGGAAUAGAGAUCAGCAGACCAGAGGAGCUGGAAUCUGAAGCUACUCACAGAGCUGUUACCAUCGCAAACAGGGCCCGCUGCCCCAUUUACCUGGUGAAUGUGUCCAGUAUGUCUGCUGGAGACAUGAUCGCUGCUGCUAAGAUGCAGGGUAAGGUAAUCCAUGCAGAGACUACAGUAGCUCACGCGGUGCUGAAUGGGAUGCAGUAUUACCACCAGGACUGGGCUCAUGCUGCUGCCCACGUCAUCGCCCCUCCACUCCGCCUGGACCCAAACACACCCAGCUACCUCAUGGGCCUGCUGGGCAAUGACACUUUGAGCGUUGUGGCAUCAGAACACCGUCCGUUUAGCACCAAGCAGAGAGCUCUGGGCAAAGAGGACUUCACUAAGAUCCCUCAUGGAGUGGCUGGAGUCCAGGACAGGAUGAGUGUCAUUUGGGAGAGGGGAGUGGUUACAGGUAAAAUGGAUGAGAAUCGUUUUGUGGCAGUAACCAGCUCUAACGCUGCAAAAAUCUACAACCUGUACCCACGCAAAGGCCGCAUCAUCGCUGGGGCCGAUGCUGAUAUUGUGGUGUGGGACCCAGACGCAACAAGGACGAUCUCUGUGAGCACUCAGGUGCAGGGCGGAGACUUCAACCUGUACGAGGGGAUGCGCUGCCACGGUGUCCCACUGGUGACCAUCAGCCGUGGACGUCUGGUGUGUGAGAACGGCGUGUUCAUGUGCGCUGAGGGAUCUGGAAAGUUCUAUCCACAGCGCACUUUCCCUGACUACCUCUACAAGAAGAUGGUCCAGAGAGAAAAGACCCAGGCUUAUAAAGGGGUAGACAGGGAUCCCUACUCUGGUGAUGUGGCCAAGGUUGCAAACACUAUGAAGAAGGAGCUUGGUCUAGGCCCCAUAGAUGGAGACGCAGCCAACAAAUCCUGUAGUCGGGUGCACCAGGGAGUCCGAGACCUCCAUGAGUCCUCCUUUAGCCUCUCAGGGUCCCAGGUUGAUGACCACAUCCCGAAGAGGUCCUCUGCCCGGAUCCUGGCCCCUCCUGGUGGCCGCUCCAGUGGUAUCUGGUAAUCGCUGGUGCUGGAGCUUCAACCGUCCGAGCCUCCGUGUUUUGUAUAUUUCUUAGCAACCAGGAAAACUGCACUGAUUUUAAAUCACAGGAUUAAAGUCAAAAGAGGGAAACAAAUUCAGACAGGUGUCUGUGAUUGGUGACGACCUAACUGAUGAUCAGUGAUUUGCCAAAGUGACUUUUACAAACCUAAUUUGUCUCUUAAUUGGAGUGACUGACAUGAUUAAUUUCACAAAAGUGAAGGGCUAUCUAUGAGUUUAAAAUGUUUUGCCAAAUUCAAGCUGAUCAUACUAACAUUGAUAAAGUCUGCUCAUUAUCACCCUGCUUGUAUCUCGUAAAGAAACUAAACUGUGAAAGAUCAAAACCAGUACAGUUUUUGAUGGUUUGAACUGAAGUGAUGUCGACCGAAUUAUUUAAAAAUAGUAGACUUGGAUUCAGUAAAAUAUCUAUUAUACCCCUGUCACCCACACAAGCAUACAGUACACUGUAGACACCAUAGCUUUAGACUCAUGUGAAGAUGUGUGUGGAUUCUGUUUGUGAUUAAACCACCCACUGCUCUCAGCUUCCAGCUGCAUUGUGGGUUCCUCUAACAGUGUUUUUGUUUCCAAUGGAUGAACUGUGCUGUGUGGUGAUGAAAUCCAACUGCUUCAAACACCGUACGAUCUUACAGCUACACUCUCUAAACAGAGUCAGACUUGACCCCAUCCACCUUUCUACUUUCACUGCCACUGGCUGAAAUACACACAUAUCCCAGAAACAUCCCCACCUCACCUGCAAUGUAGCAGGGUCUGUAGGCUGAGUUAUGGAAGAACGCAGCCUGUGGGCUUACCUGGGAUUGUAAAUGUGGUCUCAGUUCUGGUCCCACAACAGCUAAAUGUAGGCAUUACUGUCGUCAUCUUUGUUGUAUCUAUAGACCUUGCAAAGUGCAUGAAGGGAAGACGAUCAGUUUCUUAAAGGACAAUGAGCAUGUGAUUUAAAGAUUGCAGUGGGAAUAACAGUAAGGAAAGGUUUUCUGUUGCUGUGCUCCUGCUCAUACAGAACAUAUAAGGGUUGUUGUGAUCACAUAAAUAGAUGGGGAAUGCAGUACCUUGUCACUCACCAGAGGGAUCACACAGAACCCUCUGAAUGAAGGCAGGAAACUCUGAGGCCUCAUUUAUCAAAACACACUGAAUACAAACCAACAAAGACAAAAAAUGACCUGUCUGUUGUUCUUCUAGUAGUGCAGCUACUAAGGAAUAAACAUCAGGGACAAUGGAACAAGAUUGCACUAAAUUAGGGUCAACAGACCCAGAAUAUUUUAGCUGGCACUUUCACAACUUCCUUAUCUAUAAAAGACUUUUCAUUUCCAAAAAGUUGCUAGAUUUAAAUUAAAAUGACACAAAAAUAUUGAAUUUUUUGAAGUCUAAGUUGUCGAAUAGUAGGCUAAUCUCCCUGGUGUUACACUAUUCUGCCACAAUGGAUUUGUUCACUGAAUAAUUAGAUUUUGUAGGUUUGUACAGUUUACACACCACGCACGUUUAUUGAAUGAGGCCUCAGCUGCAUAAAGUGACCUGAAAGUAAAAGAAUGAAAUUAGAGUUAGUUGAGCGUCAGCAACAUCUCAUAGACGGACCGCAGUUUGAAAGUAGCUUCCUAUCUUUCAGAAGAUGAAGCAGGAUUGUUAUUAGAGCAGUGUGUCUCCCCAGAGCAGGAAGAUUGAGCUGCACAGACUGAAGAAAACCACUGAUCCUCUCACCUCCUAAAGAUGUCUCAUUCCUGCCUAGCAGUAUUAUAUUUAUACAUUCUGUCUGUGUACUCUAUAUAUUUAGGAUGUUUGUUUUUCUUUUUUUGUUAAAAGAGUAAAUGUGCCAAUGUGAAUCACCCGUCACACUGAUGAACAUGCAUGAAGAGCACCACAUGGAGAUGGAGGAGCAACGUCUCCCCUGAACACCACAGGUUCACAAAAACUGGUGCUGUUUUUCUACGAUUACCUACAACCACUUUAUUUUAUUGUUGGACGGUUUUGUUGUUUUGAAGGCACUGUGACUGCUCAGUGGCUGUGUGUGUUUGUAGAUUCUUGUUGUGUUGGACAGUGAACCUGUUGAAUCUGUAAGUGGCUGCUUGUUUCUUACCACAAGAAUAACAGCAAAAGAAUAAAGCGAGAAAAAAAAA